GUUAGGGUUCAUUUGGCUGACACGUUGAAGUACGUGACAAACAGAAUAUUACAGGAUUUGUGAUGUGGUGUUCUUGAGAUGGAGGUGCCGUGGGAGACCGAAGAAUAUCUCCAUCCAUAAGAACCUAAGUGUAAGGGAUGUGUAUGAAAGAUAAAGGCUGAAAUGAAAUGAGAUGGUAAGGAAUACAAUUUUUUUUAGAUGUUAGAAGAUGUAGAUGGGUUAUAAUAAAAAAUGACAAUAAAAACAAACAAUGCCGAUUGGAAGGAACAGAUCUUAUGACAUUAUUCCCUUAGUAUUCCCAAUAAGGGUUGUUGCUUGUCUUUCAGAUUAGGAAAUAAGGAUGCUAAAGGAUAUGAAAUUAUAUAUAUUUUUUAUUAUAAACUUGUAGUCUUGCCAUUUGAUUCACUCGAAUAAAUACUCUUUUUGGCUUACCAACAUGUGAAGUGACCUUAAUUUAAUCAAUGUGACCCGUGAAUUUCUUUUUUUUUUUUCUUGUUAGGCAAAUUAGUCCUGCCAUUGGGGUUUUUACUAAGGCACUAAAGGACAAUGUGUGAUUCCUACAUUUGUGAAGUGUCCUGAAGUCGAAUAAUGUUUUUUAAAUCAAAAAGAAGCCAUGGUCACGUGAACGUUGGUUCUGUGCGAAUAAACAGACAUGGAGAGAGGAAGUCACAGAAUUGCAAAAUUUGGUAGUUUUGGUGAGAGAGGGAGAGAGAAAGACGAUCGGAGUUCGCGUGAGAGAGAACGGCGAUCGGAGUAGAGGCUAUUUUCAGAACUCAUCGACGGCGUAGUAUUGAGGGUUAGUGCUAUUUUCAGAAGACGGCCACUAGGGCUUCCCCAAAUCGAACAUUUCCGGCAGAGAAGAACGACCACGGUGGGUAGAAACGAGCACGGUGAGUAGAAACCUUUUUCUGCCCUUAAUGUAUUUGUUAAUGGUUGAUUUUUUAAUACACGCUUAUCUGGCAGAAAGUUUGUGAUUUCAAUUCCGUGUUGGUUAUCUUUAGGGUUUCCCAAUCAUGUAUUGUGGUUUUGGUUGAGUAUUAAGAAAUUUCCAUUUGGGUGUAUUGCUGCUUUUGAUUUUAUCAGUGUACAAAACAGGGCAGUUUGGGUGUUGAAAUAAUUGAUUGAGGUGGUAAAAUAAUUGUUCAUUUAAUGUAUAUAAUAUUUGUGAAAGUCGUAACAUUAUGAUUUUUUACAGAUAUGUAUUUUCAUCAUUGCUGUAAAGCGAAAUUCAUUGGUGCUUUGAACGAAAAGUUAACUGUGGCACAAAAGAAGUAUAUUGCAAGCACCCCGUUUUGGUGGUUUGCGAUGUUAAAGCAAUCAUUGAAGAUAAGUAGAAACGUUUUAUCUCAGUUAUGUAGUAAAUGGGUUGAAAGAAGGGGUGGUUUUGAUGUUGGUGGUAAAGUGGUUGAGUUUAGUUUAUUAGACGUUUGUUUAGGUUUAGGAUUGAGGGUGGUCGGUGAAAAAAUUGAUUUAAAUGAGGAAGUUCUGGAGAGUGAGACGUGGAAUACUUUUGGGCGUCAAAGAGUUGAUGUUAAGUUGAUAUAUGAUUUUUUGAUGAAAUUUGAUGAUGAUGUUGGUGAUGUUGAAUUAUUUUGCAAGCUAUAUGUUGUGUUAGGAAUAUCAGAGUUCUUGCUUGCAAGUAAAAAGAGUUAUGUUUUCCCCGUUAUUUUUAAAGUUGUUGAUGACAUGGAAAAUAUUGGGAAAUAUAAUUGGGGUACAUUAGUGUAUGAGUAUUUGGUGUUUAGCUUGUGUAGUGCUUCGUUGGCGUUGCAGAACGAACCAAGUCGAUUUGAGUUUUAUGUGGUUGGAUGUGCGUAUUUGCUUGAUGUGUUCAUUGAUCCACGUGCAUCUGUAAUGAGUGUUGAAAAAGAUGAUGGUGCACAACAAAGCAAUAUGUAUGACCGUAUGAAGGCCCGACCUAGGAUGCGGUUCAAGAGUGUUGCCACAAAAACACCAUAUUCUGUUUAUGGAAAGAAGAAGUUGAAAUCAAUGCAAAUUGGUUGAUUUUGUUAAUUUCAAAACACCAUUGGUAUUUCAUUUAGAGUUAUUUAAGAAUGUUUGUUUUGGAUUGAUUUUACAGGACAAAGUAUGUCCAUGAUUCUGUUAUGUGUUUUUGUGUUUGAAAAUGUAUGUUGCAGGUUUUUAGAUGUUUUGCAUUUAUUUUGCGCAUGAGUAAUAUUUUUUUGUUUA